AUGUACAGUGAUGUUCUCAUAGUAGGCGGAGGCAUGGCAGGCUCAGCUUUAGGCUGCGCUCUUGCCACUUCAAGUUUGUUUUCGAAAAUCACAGUAAUUGACACAACACCAAUCCCAAAGGCACCUGAAAACGAGGUCCCAGAUCCGAGAUGUGUGACCCUGACUCCGAUUUCUCAGAAAUUUAUGCGCUCAAUUGGCACUUGGAACUUGAUUGAAGAAAAGAGGAGGGCUGGAUUCAAGGAAAUGAAGGUUUGGGAUUACUAUGGAACCGGCUCGAUGCUCUUUGAGGACUCAUAUGGCUGGGUUUUGGAAAAUAAAGCGAUCACUCAUGCUAAUAUGACGAGGCUUUCUCAGUUCCCCAACGUCGAAAUUCUGGCCCCAGCGAAGGUUAAAGGCUUCAGUGUGAGGACUGGGGAAGUUGAGGUUGAGCUUGAAGACGGGCAGAAGCUGACCACGAGUUUGGUUGUCGGAGCUGAUGGAAAAGAGUCAAAAGUGAGGAAUGAUUUCAAGAUUGGGGCUUGGAGGUCGACUUACCCACACUGUGGACUUGUGUGCACUGUAAAGGCAGACAACAAGGUUCCAACUGCUUAUCAGAGAUUUUUGAAGACUGGACCGAUUGCAUUGCUUCCAUUUUGGGAUGAUUAUUAUUCUAUUGUCUGGUCUCUGCCUCCAUUAGAAGCGGAAAGGCUCAAAAAGAUUCCUCCAGCUCAAUUUAUUGAGGAACUGAACAAAGCACUACAUGACCCGUCUAUAGUCAGUUUUCCAGUGAGCACACAACUAGACGCUCCAAUGAUUAGAGAAAUAACGACAGAUAGGUUUAGCUUUCCAUAUGCUCUUCAGCACGCAUCAAAAUUCGUAGACAGCAGAGUCGCUCUUAUUGGAGAUGCAGCUCACACAAUUCACCCAAUGGCUGGACAGAGUACAUUAUAUUAAAUUUUAAUUUCUACCGCUUAACACUCAUUACCGCAUGAUCUUAACGGACUCCUGCACUUGCAUCGGGGUUACCAAUCCAAUACAGUGUGUGCACCACCUAACUUCACUUCUGAAUAGUCCCUCAGCUUCGGCGUUCGGAUUUCAACAGCUGUCCUUCUAGCUCUCAUGGGUUGCCUCACAAAAUUUUAAAAAAAAUAUAAUUUUUUGAUCGAUUCCAAGUAAAAAAGAAAAACCUGGAACCGAGACCGUAACUCCUGGUUUUGCCCUAGAGAGCUGCCCGAUAGGCCUAGGAAGAUUUUCUAGGCUUCCCCUUCCCUUUCCAACUCCAAGCUACUUCUCCACGUGAUAAAAUCAAAUCCUGAAAAAGGACUUUGGCUAUGCUCUACAUUCCACGGAAUCGCUUACCUAAAAUUUCUACCCAUUUCUGAUUUGGCACAACCUUGCCAGAUAUAAUUAAUUAUGUAACAGAAGGCCCUCUCUUAGUCGCCAUAUUUAAUUAGUGCUGGACAGGGCUACAAUUUAGGAGUAUAUGACGUUAUCAACUUGGCCCAUGACCUAUGCGAAGCUGCUAAGGUUGGCAAAGACCCUGGAUCUCUGAUGUCAUUAGAAAACUACGCAACAAGAUCAAGACUUUACAACACCCUAUUUGCUGGCUUCGAGCAGUUCAUUUUAUGGAACUAUACAGACUUCGGUUUGAUUCAUUAUUGAAGAAACGCCAAUUUUUCUCUUAUCAACAACAUCCCUCCUCUAAAGAGCUUGUUUCAAGCAGGCGCUAACGGCACAUAUUAUGUUCCAAGCCAUUGGAGUUGGGUAUCAGAAAUGCCUCCAGAAGAAAUCCCUUUCUAA